AUGUUUUCUCUACCUCACUCAGAUCCAGAUCGUAUGGAUGAGUUUCGUUUAUAUCUAGGGAACGGAACUGCAGAUCAAAGUAGCGAUCCAGGUCUGUGCUACUCAGACAAAGGAAAAACAGGCUUACCUAACAUUACUCAGAACAUAACUUGUAAUAUGCUAGCCAAAAAUAUGUAUUUCGUCAACAGAAGAAGCAGUGCGAAUUGCUAUGUGGAAUUGUGUUACGUAGCAAUUUAUGGCUGCUUCAAAGGUACAUGGAGCACAAACUGUACGGAACCAUGUCCAGCAACAUGCAUAGGCAAUUAUUGUUAUCCUCAAAACGGUUCUUGUGUCUGGGGGUGUGACAAACAUUACUGUUUUAAUAACAAAUGUGAUAUUAAUACAGGUGCUUGUAUUGAAGGAUGCAUAGCUUUACGAGGUGGACAGUACUGUAACAAAUAUAAUAUAGCUUCCAAUGGGAUAUCCACACAAAAUCCACCUAAUCCAAGUCAACCAGCAAGUUUGGCCAUUGAUGGAAACCGGACAAAUGGUCUGUGCUCAAUGACAACUGGAUCAGGUUCUUACCUACAGGUCGACACUGGAUCUUUGAGUGUUGUAACUACAGUUUAUUUCACCUUUGGUGCAUUAGAAGAUUUUUCUCAAAAUUUGUGA